UAAUUCAAGAGUUCAUUGAAUUAAUAAUAUAAUUACAACUAAAGUUUUCAGUUUGAAUUAUUUGAAGAACAAUGAAAUUCCUAACAAUUUUUAUCUUUGGUUUAAUAUUGGCAACGACUCUUGCCCAGGAUGCAACAACCGAAGCUCCUGCUGAUGGUGAUAAAACAACUGCAGCUCCAGCUGAUGGUGAUAAACCAACUGAUAAACCUGCAGAUAAACCAGCAGAUAAACCCGCUGAUAAACCAGCUGGUGGCGAUAAGCCUGCAGGAGGAAAGAAACCACCAGCAGAUAGUCCUUCUAAAGGUGAUUCACCCGCUACCACUAAAAAACCUGCUACCAAGAAACCUGCUCAAAAUAACAACCUAAAAAAGGAAAAUGAAAAGAGACGCCAACAAAUUAAGAAACAACAAGAACAAAUCAAGAACAUGAAAAAAUUGAUCAUGAAAGAACACCAGGCUAAUCAAAAAAGACGCGAAGCUAUCCAGAAAAGGGCUGCUGAAAAUAAAAAGAGACAACAGUUGAUUAAGAAGAGAAACGAAGUCAUGAAGAAAAGAAGUGAAACCGUUAAUAAACAAAGGGAAUAUCUCAAGAAGUUAUUGGCCAGCAAUGCUGCUGCUAGAAAGAAGUUGAAUGCUGGUAGAGCUCCUAACAGAGCUAUCAGUAGAAAAAUGAAAUUCCUUACACUUUUUAUAUUUGGCUUAAUAUUGGCAACGACCUUUGCACAGGAUGCUACAACCGAAGCUCCUGCUGAUGGAGAUAAAACAACCGAAGCUGCUCCAGCUGAUGGAGAUAAAACAACUGAAAAAUCGGAUGAUAAGCCUGCGGGAGGUGAUAAACCUGCCGAUAAACCGGCUGGUGGUGAUAAACCAGCUGGCGGUUCAGAUAAACCUGCCGAUAAACCAGCUAGUAAACCCACUGAAAACAACAAUAAACCCAAUAACAAACCCAAUCAACAAAACGUUAAUAAGCAACGCGAAGAAAUUAAGAAAAAACAAUUGGCUAUUUUGAAGAAACAACAAGCUAUUAUCAAGAAACAAAACGCUAAAAGGAAGAAGCAACAAGCCAUCAAGCAAAAGCAAUUGGCCAUAAUUAAGAAGCAAAACAAUAUCCGCAAGAAACAACUUGCUUACAUGAAGAAACAGGACGAGAAUUUCAAAAUACAAGAGAACAAUAUGAAGAGACUCCAAGCCGAGAUAAAGAAAGCUUUAGCCGAAAAGAAAAGAUUAGACGCUUUGUUGAAACAACAAAACAAUCGUGACCGCAUCGUGUUUUCAACAACGAAAACUCUUGCUAAUAUAAUCGAUGAUAGCACAAAUAAUUCCCCAGUAAAAAUUGGAGCUUACAUGCAAGCAGGUUUGACAAUGAAAUUCUUAACUAUUUUUAUUUUUGGCUUAAUAUUGGCAACGACUCUUGCCCAGGAUGCAACAACCCAAGCUCCUGAUGAUGGAGAUAAAACAACUGCAGCUCCAGCUGAUGGCGAUAAACCAACUGAUAAACCUGCGGACAAACCAGCAGAUAAACCUGCUGGUGGCGAUAAACCAGCUGGUGGCGAUAAACCUGCAGGCGGAAGUAAGCCACCAGCAGAUAGUCCUUCCAAAGGUGAUUCACCCGCUACCACUAAAAAACCUGCCACCAAGAAACCUGCUCAAAAUAACAACCUAAAAAAGGAAAAUGAAAAGAGACGCCAACAAAUUAAGAAACAACAAGAACAAAUCAAGAACAUGAAAAAAUUGAUCAUGAAGGGACAUCAGGCUAACCAAAAGAGACGCGAAGCUAUCCAGAAAACAGCCGCUGAAAAUAAGAAGAGACAACAGUUGAUUAAGAAGAGAAACGAAGUCAUGAAGAAAAGAAGUGAAACCGUUAAUAAACAAAGGGAAUAUCUCAAGAAGUUGUUGGCCAGCAAUGCAGCUGCUAGAAAGAAGUUAAAUGCUGGUAGAGCUCCUAACAGAGUUAAGCUAUUUUGCAACUCAAAUUAUAAUAAUGAUAUAGGCCAACAAAUUUUUAAGCCAGAGACAAUGAAAUUCCUAACAAUUUUUAUAUUUGGCUUAAUGCUGGCAAUGACUCUUGCUCAGGAUGCAACAACCGAAGCUCCUGCUGAUGGAGAUAAAACAACUGCAGCUCCUCCAGAUGAUGGCGAUAAAACAACUGAAAAGCCAGCUGAUAAGCCUGCUGGUGGUGAUAAACCUGCCGAUAAACCGGCUGGUGGUGAUAAACCUGCUGGCGGUUCAGAUAAACCUGCCGAUAAACCAGCUAAUAAACCCACUGAAAACACCAAUAAACCCAAUAACAAACCCAAUCAGCAAAACGUCAAUAAGCAACGCGAAGAAAUUAAGAAAAAACAAUUGGCUAUUUUGAAGAAACAACAAGCUAUUAUCAAGAAACAAAACGCUAAAAGGAAGAAGCAACAAGCCAUCAAGCAAAAACAAUUGGCCAUAAUUAAAAAGCAAAAUAAUAUCCGCAAGAAACAACUUGCAUACAUGAAGAAACAGGACGAGAACUUCAAAAUACAAGAGAACAAUAUGAAGAGACUACAAGCCGAGAUAAAGAAAGCUUUAGCCGAAAAGAAAAGAUUAGAUGCCUUCACAAUGAAAUUCCUAACAAUUUUUAUUUUUGGUUUAAUAUUAGCUACGACUCUUGCCCAGGAUACAACAACCGAAGAUCCUGCUGAUGGAGAUAAAACAACUGCAGCUCCAGCUGAUGGCGAUAAACCAACUGAUAAACCUGCGGACAAACCAGCAGAAAAACCCGCUGAUAAACCAGCUGGUGGCGAUAAGCCUGCAGGAGGAAAUAAACCACCAGCAGAUAGUCCUUCCAAAGGUGAUUCACCCGCCGCUACUAAAAAACCUGCCACCAAGAAACCUGCUCAAAAUAACAACCUAAAAAAGGAAAAUGAAAAGAGACGCCAACAAAUUAAGAAACAACAAGAACAAAUCAAGAACAUGAAAAAAUUGAUCAUGAAGGAACAUCAGGCUAACCAAAAGAGACGCGAAGCUAUCCAGAAAAGGGCUGCUGAAAAUAAGAAGAGACAACAGUUGAUUAAGAAGAGAAACGAAGUCAUGAAGAAAAGAAGUGAAACCGUUAAUAAACAAAGGGAAUAUCUCAAGAAGUUAUUGGCCAGCAAUGCUGCUGCUAGAAAGAAGUUAAAUGCUGGUAGAGCUCCUAACAGAGGUUAAAAAUAUUUAUUUUUAAUUUGGAAUAACAUUUGUAUUCUAUAUAAUUUUAUAAAUAAACAUUUUUAUUUCU